AUGAGCAUUUCAUCGGAGAAACUGACGUUGAAGGAGAGUACGGCUGUCUAUGCGGACUCUGUUUCAGUUUCGGAGAACUCAGUUACACAUCCAACAUUGAUUAAUAGAAUGAAGGAUUCAUUCAGACGUGCUGAUAUGCCUAUGAUUACAGAGGAAGAAAUUAGUGAUCUAGAUAAUGUGGAGUCUCAAGAUCGUUUGGGAGGUUAUACUGCCGAUGAAAAGAUUCAAUUAAGACUCGCUACACAACCUUUAAAGAAAAAAUUGAAACAGAGACAUCAGACGAUGCUUGCAAUUGGUGGUACUCUAGGUACAGGUCUAUUUAUUGGAUUAGGUUAUUCAUUGGCCUCGGGGCCUGGUUCUUUAUUGAUUGGGUUUCUAUUAGUGGGUACUUCAAUGUUUUGUGUGGUUCAGAGUGCGGCUGAACUAUCAUGUCAAUUUCCUGUAUCGGGUUCGUAUGCUACUCAUGUUAGCAGAUUUAUCGAUAAAUCUAUUGGUUUUACAGUCUCUACAAAUUAUGCUUUAUCAUGGUUAAUAUCAUUCCCAAGUGAAUUGAUUGGUUUAUCAAUGACAAUUUCUUAUUGGAAUAGUUCAGUGAAUCCAUGUGUAUGGAUUGCCAUAUUUUAUGUGUUUGUGAUGGUUUUAAAUCUUUGUAGUGUAGAAGCAUUCGCAGAAACAGAAUUUUUCUUAUCAAUUAUUAAAGUUAUUGCCAUUAUUAUUUUUAUUAUUAUUGGUAUUGUCCUAGUAUGUGGUGGGGGGCCAAAUUCGGAUGGUUAUAUUGGAACUCAUUACUGGCAUGAUCCUGGUUCUUUUGCUCAUCCAGUCUUUAAAUCGUUAUGUAAUACAUUUGUCUCUGCUGCAUUUUCAUUUGGUGGUAGUGAAUUGGUAUUAUUGACAGCGGCCGAAUCUAAGGAUGUUGGUGCCAUUUCACGUGCAGCAAAAGGUACCUUUUGGAGAAUCGCAAUUUUUUAUAUUACUACAGUUGUAGUGAUUGGUUGUUUAGUACCAUAUAACGAUGAAAGAUUAUUAGGUGGUUCUUCUAGUGAAGAUGUCACUGCAUCACCAUUCGUUAUAGCAUUAUCUAAUGCUGGAUCAAUGGGUACUAAAGUAUCUAAUUUUAUGAAUGUUAUUAUAUUGAUUGCUGUGGUAUCCGUGGCAAAUUCAUGUGUCUAUGCUUCAUCUAGAGUCAUUCAAGCAUUAGGUGCAUCGGGACAAUUACCAAGUAUAUGUGGUUAUAUUGAUAAGAAAGGUAGACCUUUAGUAGGGAUUGGUAUUUGUGGUAUAUUUGGUCUUCUUGGAUUCCUUGUUGCAUCAGAUAAUGAAGGAACAGUCUUUACAUGGCUUUUUGCACUUUGUUCCAUUUCAUCCUUUUUCACAUGGUUCUGUAUUUGUUUCUCUCAAGUUAGAUAUAGGCUUGCUUUAAAACGUCAAGGUAGAUCAACAGAUGAAAUUGCUUAUAAAUCAAUGCUAGGUUUGGCAGGUGGUAUUCUAGGUUCAAUUCUUAAUAUUCUUUUAAUUGCAGGUGAAAUUUAUGUUUCUGCAUCACCUGUAGGGGCACCUUCUACAGCAGAAGCAUUUUUUGAAAAUUGUUUAAGUAUCCCAAUAAUGAUAGUGGUCUAUAUUGGUCAUAAAUUUUAUACUAAGGAUUGGUCUACUUGGUACAUUGCUACAGAGGAUAUUGAUCUUGAUACAGGUUGUUCCUUUGACGAUGUAGAAGCCUUUAAGAAACAGAGAUUGGAUGAAAAAGCACGUAUUGCUUCAAGAUCAUGGCUAUAUAGAACAUAUAGAUUCUGGUGUUGA